CUGCAACCCCCUCCUCCGGUUCCGGCCUCGACAGAUUCGGCGCAGGCAAGGCGGGCGGGCUGUUUUUCGUCCUCGGCUUCGCGGGUAUUAAAACAAAUGAAGUAUAUUCUGGUAACAGGUGGUGUUAUCUCAGGAAUUGGGAAAGGAAUAAUUGCUAGCAGCGUUGGGACAAUCCUCAAAUCAUGUGGCUUGCAUGUAACUUCAAUUAAAAUUGACCCAUACAUUAACAUUGAUGCAGGCACCUUUUCUCCUUAUGAGCAUGGUGAAGUGUUUGUGUUGGAUGACGGAGGGGAAGUGGAUUUGGAUCUGGGCAACUAUGAGCGCUUUCUUGAUAUCCGACUCACGAAAGACAAUAAUCUGACCACAGGGAAGAUCUAUCAGUAUGUCAUCAACAAAGAAAGGAAGGGAGACUAUCUUGGGAAAACAGUUCAAGUUGUACCCCACAUUACAGAUGCUAUCCAGGAGUGGGUAAUGAGACAAGCACGAAUCCCAGUAGAUGACGAUGGCAUAGAACCUCAAGUCUGUGUGAUUGAGCUUGGAGGAACUGUAGGAGACAUUGAAAGCAUGCCCUUCAUCGAGGCAUUCCGCCAAUUUCAAUUCAAAGUCAAGCGGGAAAAGUUUUGUAAUAUUCAUGUCAGUCUGGUACCACAGCCAAGCUCUACAGGAGAACAGAAGACAAAACCCACCCAGAAUAGUGUUCGUGAACUCCGGGGUCUUGGUCUCUCACCAGAUCUGAUUGUAUGCAGAUGCUCCACGCCUCUAGAUACCUCAGUAAAAGAGAAGAUUUCCAUGUUCUGUCAUGUAGAACCAGAACAGGUAAUUUGUGUUCAUGAUGUCUCUUCCAUCUAUCGGGUACCUCUUUUGCUAGAGGAGCAAGGGGUGGUUGAUUAUUUCCGACACCGGCUUGACCUUCCCAUUGAAAAGCAGCCUAGGAGAAUGCUCAUGAAGUGGAAGGAGAUGGCUGACAGAUAUGAUCGCUUAUUGGAGACCUGCUCUAUUGCUCUUGUUGGCAAAUACACAAAGUUUUCAGAUUCCUAUGCUUCUGUCAUCAAAGCUUUGGAACAUUCUGCCCUGGCUAUCAAUCACAAGCUUGAGAUCAAGUACAUUGAUUCUGCUGACUUGGAACCAGCUACUCUCCAAGAAGAGCCAGUUCGAUACCAUGAGGCCUGGCAGAAACUCUGCAGUGCUGAUGGAAUUUUGGUUCCAGGAGGGUUUGGUGUUCGAGGGACAGAAGGGAAGAUCCAAGCUAUUUCUUGGGCAAGAAAACAGAAAAAACCUUUCUUGGGAGUCUGCUUGGGAAUGCAGCUAGCAGUUGUGGAAUUCGCCCGCAACAUCCUGGGUUGGAAAGAUGCCAACUCUACAGAAUUUGACCCCAAAACUACACAUCCAGUGAUCAUAGACAUGCCGGAGCAUAAUCCUGGUCAAAUGGGUGGGACCAUGAGGCUUGGAAAGAGGAAGACAGUUUUUCACACCAAGAACUCAGUCAUGCGAAAACUGUAUGGAGAUGGUGACUAUUUGGAAGAGAGGCACAGACACAGAUACGAGGUAAACCCAGAGUUGAAAAACACCUUUGAAGAAAAUGGUUUGAAAUUUGUGGGCCAGGAUGUUGAAGGAGAGCGAAUGGAGGUGGUUGAACUGGAAGAGCAUCCAUUUUUUGUCGGUGUUCAGUUUCACCCAGAGUUCCUCUCCAGACCUAUAAAGCCAUCUCCCCCUUACUUCGGCCUCCUUCUGGCUUCUGCUGGGAGGCUCACACAUUAUCUACAGAAAGGAUGCAGACUCUCCCCCAGGGAUACCUACAGCGACAGAAGCGGAAGUAGUUCACCGGACUCUGAGAUCACAGAACUGAAAUUCACUGCAGUGAAUCAUGAGUGAUUGCUGAUAUGCCUAAUUUUCAGAAGAUCCUUCAUUCCUUCAAUGCAAUAGUUGAACUGCUGGAGUCUCUUAAAUCACGUCACGAUAAUUGUAUUUUGAAAAAUCAUGGCACACUUCUUUUGUUCAUUUAAACUUAUUUUGUAUUCUGAAAAGCUGACACAGAAGUGCUCACCCAUGCACAAUGGUGAGCUUAAAAACGAGAACUUAAAAAACAGAACAAAGAGUGGGACAAAUUGUGGAUUUCUGAAGAGCCUUGAUACACCAAUGCAAAUGGUCAGUGUUGCCAAGGAGAGUAUCUGCUUUCUGUUCAUUUCCAUUGUGGAUGGUUUAAAUUAUAGCAUUUACUCUCUUGGUGGAUUGUGGGAAGAGAGGUGCCAUGAAGAGGGGAUAACUUGACACAUAUUGAGAAGCAAAGUGGUGAGAUUUGGUGCCACCAUUGAACCUUUGUUCCAGGAGAUUCCUUUUCCUGCUGGUGAAAUCUUAGCGUAUUUGGUUAAUUCUAAUCCCAAACAAGUCAUAUUAUGCUGCAGUGAUAUAAUUAAAAUAGAGUAUAACACCACCACCUUUUUUAGAAGCUUGUGAUGGGCAGUUUUUGUUUUUGUCCUGCUUCCUGGACUGCCAUAACUCCUUGCAUCAAGGAGGCCAUGUGUACAAGAAAGUGACUUUUCAGAAGCUGCCUUUGCAACUCUCAUUGAGAGACUUGCCUUGGACUAAAAAGUCCGAGGCCCCACACUGCUGGAAACUUGCCAUGUGAUACAUAUGCAAUAUGUGGCCUGUUUCCACAAGUGUUUGGGGAGUGCUCAGCAAUAUAUUUACUCCAUCCCAAAGAAGAGGAAAAGGGCGACGCUAGGCUUCUGCAAAAGGCGGGAGCUGCAUGAAACAAGUGUGUGUAAUCUCCCCUUUUCCAGUAUAGGUUGUAAGCUGCCUUUCCAGCAAGCCAGGAGAAACUCUGUUACUAAAAAAAUGUACCGCAUAUCUAAACACUUCUGAGUUUAAUAAAACUUGGGGAAUACAA